AUGCUGUUAAAAGCCCUUGACGGCCCUGAGGCUGUAGUGCUGGGUUUCUGUCAGACGGCCCAGAACCAAAGUCAUCUCCACCAGGCCCCACAGCUUUCCAAGCUCUCGUGAAAUUCUGAGUUGGCUGCUCUAUGCUGGGUGAACAUUGGACAGAGGAGCCCAACUUCUUCCACAUUGUUUAGGUCGCUCCUGCCUCCAAUCUUCACAUCAAAAAACUAUACUUUUGACUCUGCCCUGUCGGACUGCCACUGUAUCCACAAAAACCCCGGGAAAAGCUUCCUCCUCUGGAGAGAUUCUCAGACUGAUUUUUCACUAUUCGAAAUGUGGACUGAUGACAUGCCAAGAACAAAAAAAGUACCAGCAUUUAUUUCUUGUAAAAACACUGGUAAGAUGUAUGCCUGUAAGCAACUGGACAAGAAGAGACUGAAGAAUGAAAAUGGUGAGAGGACGGCUCUCUCGGAAAAGGGAAUCUUGCAGAGGAUCAGCAGCCCUUUCAUUGUCUCUCUGGCCUAUGCCUUUGAGAGCAAGUCCCAUCUCUGCCUGGUCAUGAGCCUGAUGAAUGGGGGAGACCUCAAGUUCCACAUCUACAGCGUGGGCACACGAGGCCUGGCCAUGAGCAGGCUGGUCUUCUACUCGGCCCAGGUGACCUGUGGGGUGCUCCACCUGCUCUCUCUCGGCGUCAUGCCAGACCUGAAGCCUGAGAACGUGCUUCUGGAUGACCUUGGCAACUGCAGGCUGUCUGACCUGGGGCUGGCCGUACAGAUCCAGGAUGCAAACCCGCUGAGCCGAGCAGGCACACGCGGUUAUCUUGCUCCCUCACAGCCACAUGGAACUUCACUUGUGGGGUGUCAGAAAGAGCAAGAAGCCACCUCUGGUGAGGCUCCUGCUCCAGAGCCAGGAAGUGGCUGUGAGAAGGGGACCCGCGGGCAGGCGGCUGGGGAGCAGGCCAGCGCUCUGGAGGCUGCGACCUGGGGCCCGAGCACGGGGCGGAGCCUCGGAACCAAGUCCCCUGGGGUCCUGGGCCGCAUUCCUCUGAGAGAAAAGUCUGAUGAUCCCAGGAAGCAGCCUUUCUUCAAAACCAUCAACUUUCCUCGCCUGGAAGCAGGCCUCGUUGAACCCCCACAUGUGCCAGACCCUUCGGUGGUUUAUGCCAAAGACAUCAAUGACAUUGAAGAUUUCUCUGAGGUUCGGGGAGUCGAAUUUGAAGAUAAAGAUAAGAAGUUCUUCCAAAGAUUUGCAGCAGGUGCUGUCCCCAUAACGUGGCAAGAAGAGAUUAUGGAAACCGGGCUGUUUGAAGAAUUGAACGACCCCAACAGGCCUGCAGGUUGUGGGGAGGGUAAUUCAUCCAAGUCUGCUGUGUGUUUGUUAUUAUAA